AUGAAUCAAUUGCUUGGUAAAAAUACCAAAUCAUCGCCAUUUCCAGCUAUACCUACAAUCCGAAUACCUCAGAUCACACCGUUAUCGGAUCAAUCCGUCUGUGCAAAACUGAAGGCCCGCAAAGAGUUGGUGGCUGAGCAUGUAGAAGCAUACGACGAAGAGAAAAAUAAUUCUGCCUCAGAAAAGUUGUUGAACAGCACACAGCACAAUUUCGACGUUCUUUUCGAGGCUAUCGGUAUCGCUUAUUUAGAGGACAACCGUACACAACGCAUCAGCGGGUCCACACUGGUGCUUUCCUUACUGGUGGUAGCCGUUUCGGCAUCAACUCUACCGGAACAAGAUCGCCGCGUCAUCGGAGGUUCGCUAGCCGAAACAGGACAAUUUCCGUACGCGUUUGAUGUCGCAUUGGUUAUCCUUCCGAUCCCUGUAACCCUGAGCGUAACGAUCUUCCCAGUACGUCUGCCGAACCGUCGUCAAGUGGAAGCCACCUUUGUCGGACAGCAGGCAACAUUCAUGGGUUGGGGCAGAUUUGGCGACGGUACGACCAAUUCCGAUGUCUUGCGCUUCGGAAGAUCCCAGGUUAUCAGUAACUUGGCUUGCACUGUUAGCUUGAUAACGAACACCAUCCUGAGUGAACACAUCUGUACGGAAGGAUUCGACCUGUCCGCUGGACGCGGUUCGCCCUGCCAGGGUGAUAGCGGAGCUCCCUUGACGAUAGUCGAUGCCGAUGGAAUAACUACUCUAAUCGGUGUCUUCUCGUUCCAUUCCAUUUUGGGCUGCGAUAGCGGACGUGCCGUCGUUUUCACUCGCAUGUCUGCGUAUCUGGACUGGAUUGCUGACAAUUCCGAUGUAACCAUUCGGGAUGACUUCUAA